GACGGCGGGGGUCCUUACAGCGUGUGUGGGCGGCUCUGGAACAGCCCUCCUCCAGUGAGGCUAGAGCCUCAGAACACACGCACGUCCACCUUGCUCCGGGAUGCUGCUUCGUCCCCGGCGGCUGUCGCAUUUCUCACCACCGUCGCCAACUAGCCCCGACGCCGAGCUGCGGCCGUCCGGGGACGUCCAGGUGACUACUUCUGAUGCCUUCGCCCACACUCCUGGCGCGAUGGCGGAGCCUGGCUCGCCCAAGGCUCCGGUGUCGCCGGGAUCGGCCCAGCGCACGCCCUGGAGUGCCCGAGAAACGGAGCUACUUCUGGGCACGCUGCUGCAGCCAUCCAUGUGGCGCUCACUAUUGCUGGACCGCCGGCAGGCCCUGCCCACCUACCGCCGCGUGUCUGCCGCGCUGGCCCGUCAGCAAGUUCGGCGCACGGCAGCUCAGUGCCGCCGCCGCUACAAGUUCCUCAAGGACAAACUCCGAGACUCCCAUGGCCAACCGUCCGGGCCCUACGAUGACCAGAUCCGCCAGCUCAUGGGGUUGCUGGGCGACGAUGGGCACCAGCGAGUCCGCCGUCGCCUUACGGGUCCUGGACGUCCCCAGCGCCGAGGCCGCGCUCCCCUCCCGGUGUUAACGUCCGCACCUACAUCAGUCGAGCCAGGGCCUACACUGCCGCUGGCUGCCGGGGCCGCCGACCCCUCCUCGGCGCUGAGAUAUAGCUCCACUGCGAAGUCUGCAGAUGUCCGCCGAAUUACCAGCUCCCCUACCCCUAGGGCCCUCGGCACUCCGGCUCCUGAGCCCAGCCGUGCCGUCCUCGGAUCCUCUCCGCCACCAACCCUCGACUACGACACGGAGGACCCGAACGAGCCUCCUGUCCUUCCCCAGGACCGUACGCCCCCGCAGGUUGCGCCCCAGUCGCUGAACACCGCUCUGCUGCAGGCCUUGACGCACUUGGGAGACAUCUCGACGGUUCUGGGCCCUCUGCGUGACCAGCUGGCGACCCUGAACCAGCACGUGGAACAUCUGCGAGGUUCCUUCGACCAAACAGUUUCCCUGGCGGUGGGCUUCAUCCUGGGCAAUGCAGCCUCUGAGCGGGUCAUCCUUGGGGAUCUGCGCCAAUAAAGCCUUAUUUGUCGUCAGUUUUCCCCUCCUGAGCUGACCCCCAACCUACCCCGACCCCAGUUAGUGUCCCCAUCCCCACCCCAACCUUAGGCUCUUAAAAAUAAAGAUUGUAUUUUCUACUUCA